AUGGAUAUUCAAACCACGGAUUCUGACAGUGAAUUUGAAAUUGAGAGCAGGAUACCUGCCGAAUCGGCCUUCGGGUCUCAUCCAGAUCGUGACAAUAAGUCGGAAAUCGGAGAUACGCCCUUGUCGCAAUUCGAAAGCACUCCUUCGCGGGUUCCAAGCCCUACAAGUUCAGAAAGUGCUAGAGAAUCCAGUAAGGCUUUAGUGGACUGGACGCCUAUCAUCGAAGAAGGAAAUCAACGCCGACCACAGUUGAACAGUCAGGAUGACCCAGUCCUAGACCAUCUCAGACGCUUCAGCACGCCAAAGCCGACCCAUAAGAACUUUAGACUACGAGGCAUUCCACUUGAGUACGAGUCUAGGAAGGAGGUUCGCAGCCUUAUUCAGAAAACUCUUGCACUCGAGCCUAGUGCAAGCCCUACUGUUUACUCGCUUGCGCUUUCUCCUACCGAUAAAAACAGCAAAAUAGCUACAAUUAGCUUCCCAUCUAUCCCAAAUUCUUUAUCAGAUCGCUCUAAGGACGAGUGGAUAUUUCAGCUAUCAGAAGACGACAAUUUCGAUUUCGGCAGAUCUCUUGUUUUUGAUACACACUUUGCAGGCUUCACGCCAUUUCAACGGACGAGCGAUAACGAUUGUCAUGUAGAUGUGAUCGCAGUAUGCGGUCUUGGGGGGCAUGCCUUAGGUUCCUUCAAAGAAAAGAAUGGCCCAUUCGUUUGGAUUCGAGAUGCUCUACCGUCAGAUAUCCCGAAUGCGAGGAUUUUGACCUACGGCUAUGACACUCAGCUUGAUCCAAACAAACCGCGUUCAACACUUUUCAUGGGGCACAGUCUAGGAGGCCUUGUCAUCAAAGAGACCGUUCGUACAUUGAAAGACGAACCCCCUGACGCUGACACAUCAGUCCUUAACUCCAUCUGCGGCUUCGCAUUUUUUGGUGUUCCUCAUCGGGGUCUAGCGGCUGAGUGCCUUGUUCCUUUGGUAAAAGAUUAUCCCAACCGGGCGCUUCUUGAGUCACUCAACAAGAAUUCUCCCCUUCUUGAACGUCUGCAAGUUGAGUUCGAUAAAAUAUCGCAAGCAAGGAGCUUUUCUAUCGUGUCUUUUUACGAGACUGAAAUAUCCCCUACAGCGGCUUGGGUUAAUGGCAAGUGGGAGAUAUCUGGUCCCAGCGAAGUGUUAGUUGAAGUUUCCUCAGCAACAUCUGGUAGCCAAAAUCAGCAUCCGAUCAACCGCAAUCACUCUGAGAUGGUAAAAUACAGUAGCGUACAUGACCAACUAUACCGGCGGGUGAUAAUUGCCAUUCGUUCUGUAUUAGGCACCUCGCGAGGAUGGCCUGGUCCUGAAGGUAUAAGAGGAAGACCACAAGCUUCCGAUCACCUUUCGGGCGAUGAGACAGAAUGUCUGCGUUCGUUAUCAUUUCCUGAGCAAGAUUAUAGAUACUCCGAUGUUACUUAUGCCAAUGACACAUGUGAAUGGCUUCUUGAAGAUUUGAAAUACCAGAAAUGGUUGAAUGACCCCCGUGGCCUCUUCUGGAUCAAGGGCUCUCCCGGGACAGGUAAAUCCGUCCUAUUGAAGUUUGCUGCUGAUACCAUGAACCGCAGAAAGACUGGAGAGCUUGUCGUGUCAUUUUUCUUCUAUGGGCGAGGAACACCGUUACAAAGAACGCCUUUGGGCAUGUUUCAUGCUUUGCUCAAUUCAUUACUUAGGUCAUUUCCAACAUACCUUAUUGAGCUCACGCGACGUUUUCAAGAUCAACAGCAGCGAUAUGGAUCGUACGAACAGAAGAAUGGAUGGCGCUGGAAUGAGAAAGAGCUCGAGAAGCUUCUGUCUAAGCUUUUACUUGAGGGAACGAAAGAACAACCAGUGGUGAUAUUCGUUGACGCGCUUGAUGAGUGCGGAGAGGAACAUGCCAAACACCUACUGACAUACUUCAAAGGCAUCACGGUUGAUGCCGAGAGCGGACAAUCUAUGGUCAGGAUAUGCUUUUCCUCAAGGCAUUUUCCAGUCCUCUCGCUUGAGACGAUGUCGGGAGUUUAUGUGGAAGAGAGAAAUGAUAAGGACAUCAGACUGGUCGUUGAAGACAGGCUCCAAGACAUUCGACCAGAUGAAAGACGUCGACAACUUGAGAACGAGAUAUUGUUGAAAGCUCACGGAGGAUUUCAUUGGGCGAUACUAAUCACUAGCAUGAUACUCGAUGAAGACGCAUCUGGCGCAAGAACCGAGGAUCUACUAAGAAUGAUAUCGACUACCCCACCAGAACUCAACGAGCUAUACGAUCACAUCCUGAAGGGUGCAACAAAGGAUAUGCAAGCGGAAAUAACAAAGUUGUUUCAAUGGGUUUUGUUUGCAGAGCGGCCAUUGUGUGCACAAGAGCUUCGGGAGGCUCUUGCUACUGAUAAGGAUAUGACUUGUGCAACGAUUGGAGAGCUUAGAUCUCAUGGAUACUGGUCUGAUACUGUAGCCCAAUUCGAGAGCCGGGUUCGACAUAUAUCCAGAGGCCUAGUUGAGUUUCAGACGCGAGACGCCUGGGAACAGUACGAGCCUGAAGGAGAGGAAUGGAACCGGGAAGCUCAAUUUAUCCAUCAAUCGGCCGCGGACUUUGUUUUGGAAAGGUUCCUCCACAUGGCUAACACUGGGCCUAACGCACAAUCGGCAAUCGGGGCCGGGCAUUACGGGAUUUCGAGGUCUUGUCUCAGGUAUUUGACCCUGAAAGAGAUUCUUGAAGGCGACAAUCUGGAUCGAGGUCAACUCACGACAAAGUUUCCAUUAUUGCAUUAUGGGGUGUCUUUUCUUUUUUACCAUGUUUGGACUGUUGAAGAAGAUGGAAUUGAUCAGAGUGAUCUCCUAUCCCUCGUCCCAUGGGGUCACCGAAAGACCGUCGAGAUGCUUGCGACUCUAUGGAGAGUAAUGGGACCCUACAGUUUGCAUGUACCGCAUGGAUGGCCGUUUCCAGGAGCAACCCUUUUGCACAUCGUUGUAGGAUUUGGUUCGGCCAGUCUAUUAGAUAAAUCCCUUCUGAGAGACGAAGUGGAGCUGGAUUCAAGAGAUUCAGAGGGAAACACACCACUCCAUCUUAGUCUCAGAGAAAAUCGCGAGGACCUGGCCCUUCUGCUGUUGUCUCGUUCAAUGGCUUGGCAAAGAGAGACUGAGCAGCAUGAUCCAACUGCUGGUCACAUUAACCAUGGGAUACAGAGAAGAAAUUACCUUGCGCAUGUCAAUGCAAGGAAUGUGGAUGGCGAGGCACCUUUGAGCCUGGCGUUGUCUAUAAGAGCUGAAAAGGCAAUCGAAAGCUUGAUCAAUGCAGGUGCCGAUGUCCGGUACGAAAAAGGGUUGGUGUUUCACGCCAUCAACAGCAGGAAUAGAAUGCUUCUGUCACGGCUGAUGGAAAAAGGUGCAAAUCUCGAUGGGGCGCCCUUCUAUACAGUCCAAGUUAUGAGUCAAACUGAGCACCACGAUCAGACUUUGCACCAUAUCUUGUCUGAUCUAUGGCAGGCAGGUGCUAGCUCGAAGAAGUUCGCAGGUCCCAGCUUUGAAAAUGAAGUGAUCUACUACCAGGAGAGCGACGACGAGCACGAGGCCGAAGAGUAUGACGAAACGAUCCUCUUUGCUUCAAGGAAAGGCAUGUUAUCGGCAAUUAACAUUAUGCUCUCUCACGGUUCUUCUUUAGCGAUCCGAGGACGACACGGUGUGUUUCCUUUAUUGGCUGCCACAAGGAAUCAGCAUUUGGAAACCGCCAGAGUUCUGCUACGUUCCUCGCCCCAAGCAGUCCAACUGACAGAUGAUUUUGGUGUCACAGCUUUGGAUGCAGCCAUUGAACGCCAACUGUUUGAUCUUGCGCUCUUUUUUGUCCGAGAGGGAAACCGCGCUGCUAUCUCAAGGGGACCGUUCCUCGAUGCUGUCAGGCAGAACCAGGUUGAAUUGAUACGCACAAUCUUAAAAUCGAACGAGGAUACCGCUGGACUGGUCAACGAAAGAGAUGAAACAGGAACCACACCAUUCCUGGAAGCUGUCCGCAAUCAAUACUACGACAUGGUCAUAGUCCUACUCGGCACGGGCACAAUUGACGUCAAUAUGACUGGACAAGACGGGGUUACUCCGUUACGCCUAGCAUUUAGACAGGAGGAUAGAGUGAUGGCGGAGCUCCUCCUUAAUACUGGCGAAGUAGAUGAAGACGGGAAAGCUGAGGUAAAAGGUUGGCUAUGA